UAUCAAAAAGGAUGGAUUUUUAUUACAAACACCACAUACAUUUUUAGGUUCAGAGUUUCAAAUAGUUAUACAUUUUUUUCGUUAUGAGCAAUCCGGACGAAAGUAAGCCACUAGCCGGCCCAGAGUCACCAAAGGCCCUGCCAAAUGAAGGCCAAGAAACGUCUAUCUUCCGACGACCCUCAAAUAAUGACGGCAGCAGUCGGAAACCGCCACCAAGUCGGUACAUUCAGACCACCGAGGAGGACAAGUCUUCUGCUUUCGAGAAGUUUGCAGUGUUCUUUUGCUGGCUCUUUGUGGUUCUGUUCUUUCCCUUGUCGCUGUGCUGUUGUAUCAUCGUUGUUCCCGAGUACAUCCGUCUGAUCAUCCUCCGCCUGGGACGGCUCCGUAAGGGGGCCAAGGGUCCCGGAAUGGUGUUUCACCUGCCGUGCAUCGAUGAUGUCCAGGCGGUGGAUAUGCGUACCGAUGUUCACAAAGUUUGGCCACAGGAUGUGCUCACCAAGGAUUCGGUAACGAUCACCGUAAACGCCGUCAUCUACUAUUGUAUCUAUGAUGCCAUCGACUCUAUCAUCCAAGUGGACAAUGUUAACGAGGCCACCUUGAUGAUUGCCAAAGUUACACUCCGGAACAUCGUCGGCUCCAAGACUCUCAACGUCCUGCUGACCUCCAGGCAGGCACUCUCCCGUGAGAUCCUGCAUGCGGUCGCUGAGAUCACAGCCCGAUGGGGUGUGCGUAUGGAACGGGUAGAUUUAAUGGAUAUUAUAUUGCCGGCCAGUCUGGAAAGGUCCCUAGCCAGCGAGGCGGAGGCUAUAAGGGAAGCUCGUGCCAAGAUCAUUUUGGCAGAGGGUGAGCUUAAGGCCUCCAAGGCCCUAAAAGAGGCCUCCGAUGUGAUGGCCCAGAACAAGAUCACUCUACAGCUAAGGCAUCUGCAAAUCCUAUCUUCGAUUGCCGCUGAACGAAGGGUCAGAAUUAUUUACCCCAUACCAAUGGAAAUAAUGGAGCCUUUUAUGGAUUCAAGUAAGCGAAGAGCAGGUGGAGGCGCCGGUGCUGAUGAAAGUGGGGGUGCUGGGGGCAGUGGCGGUGCAGGUGGAAGUGGCAGCUCCGGAGGAAGUGGCGGUGGAGGGAAUAUCCUAUCAAAUUUCUUCAUUGGCGGCAGGUCGAAGGCCAAGUCCAGCGGUAAGGAUGCUGCAGAGCUAAAAAGCCAUGACGAGCCAGGCUCUUUACAGGCUGUAGUACCAGAACCUUAUUCCUCUACAGCAACUAAUCCAAGGACCUCGUUUGUCGCUGUAGAUAUGGAUAGAGUUCAGAGAAUUCCUGCGAGUAUGUUGUAAACAUUUUGUAUUUAGAAAAAAGCUCCAACAAAUUUCUAUCAAAUUUAAUGUAAAGAGAUGAUUGUGCCAGGAGGAGCACACCAGGUAUGCCAGCAGAAUUUCAGGUCCAGUGGGGCGCCCUGACGUUUAUGGACCUACAAUCUUAUCGGAACUUCCUGCGAGUUCGCUGGUAAUCAGCCAGCGGCUGGCAAUAUCCUGGCAGCAGGACAAUGGGACGUGGCAAGGCCAAGCGUGAAAUGAGCAACAGUCACGUCAGCCGAACAGGGCCACGAACUUGAUUGAGGGCAUUAUCCUUGCUAUUCACUCACCGGAGCGACAUUGACACUGCCACUGAAUGGCCUCCGAGCGGUUUUUUUUUGUGACGUGAUAAAAAAUAGAUGAAUACGUGGUAUUUUUCAUUCGCGCAGCCUGACAACGUCCCGGGUGGCAAUUUAUCACUUUUAAUAAAUUGGCAGUUUUCGAGUCGAUACUUCAA